AUGAGGGCUCUUCAGAUGGUGGUGUUGAGGGAUUUGGUGUUGGCAGUGAAGAGGGAGGGAUUGAUGGGGUUUCUGAUGGGUGUGGGGUUGGGACUGGAGAAGGUGGGGUACUGGGAACAUCACUUGGUGGGCUUGAGGGAACAGGUGAUGGAUCAGUUGUGGGAUCUCACUUGGGGUGGAAUCGAAGGAAACGUCGAAGGCUCUUCUGAGGGAGUUUCUGAUGGAGUUGGAGUUGGUGGCGAUGGAGGAGUUGAAGGCGUCUCUGAUGGAUUUGGAGUUGGGAUUGGUGUUGGUAGUGUACUAGGUUUUUCACUAGGUGGGCUUGAAGGUACAGGUGAUGGAUUCAAAGAGGGAGUAUCACUAGGGGGCUCACUUGGGAUAGGUGUAGGCGGUGUGGUGGGAACUGGAGAAGGGACAUUUGAUGGAAUAACAGAUGGCGUUUCUGAUGGACUUGGUGUUGGAAGCGUCGAUGGUAUUUCACUGGGGGUCUCACUAGGAUUUGGGGUGGGUGGGAUGGUAGGUGGUCUACUUGGUGGAGUCGAUGGGAUUUCAGAUGGGGGUUCAGAAGGAUCCGGUGUUGGAGGUGAUGUCGGAGGAUUUGAUGGGGACUCUGAUGGACUAGGUGUUGGGAGAGUACUGGGAACAUCACUUGGUGGACUCGAAGGAACAGGUGAUGGAACAGUAGAGGGAGUCUCACUUGGGGCCUCACUGGGGCUAGGCGUUGGUGGUGUGGUGGGAAUAGGAGAAGGAACACUAGAAGGAACAACAGAAGGAGUCUCUGAUGGACUUGGUGUUGGCAGUGUUGAUGGUGUGUCACUGGGGGUCUCACUUGGAAUUGGAGUGGGUGGGAUGGUAGGUGGUUCACUCGGGUUAGUCGAUGGCACAUCGGAUGGUGGUAUUGAUGGUGGGGUUGAUGGUUGGGAGGAUGGAGGAGUCGAUGGGGUCUGUGAUGGGUAUGGUGUUGGGAUUGGUGUAGGAAGAGUACUGGGAACAUCACUGGGUGGACUCGAAGGAACAGGUGAUGGAAUAUCACUUGGUGGGCUGGAGGGAAUUGGUGAUGGGUCGGUUGUGGGAGUCUCACUUGGUACCUCGCUAGGACUGGGAGUGGGUAUAUAA